AGUCGAUACAACUCUAGUCCGAACGAUUCUAUACAACUCUAGUCGCCUUAGUUGUUGUUGUGCGAAAGUUUUUGCUCAGUUUAACAUUUUGAAGGCAAAUUAACUUACUAGCUACAAUUUUCGUAAUUUAAUAAGCUCUUUUAAGCACUUGCAUUUACGAGGUUAUCUGAGCCCAGCAAUAUGAGCAAAUCUACAGGCAAUGCGCCUCCGUUCACAUACGUUCCACCGCCGUCGGCGCCCCCAUCAUAUCUGGAGGCUGUUGGCGGAGUAAAGCCCGUGGGCCCAUACACUCCCGUUGCCGCGCCAGCAACCGUGGGCACAAAUAUAUUGACGACAGUGGUACCCAUUGGCCGCACAUCGACACACAUGAUAUGCCCCUCAUGCCAUGCGGAGAUUGAAUCAACGACACGCACGGAGCCGGGCAUGAUUGCCUAUCUAUCCGGUUUUGUAAUUGCAUUGCUUGGUUGCUGGCUGGGUUGCUGCUUGAUACCUUGCUGCAUUGAUGACUGCAUGGACGUGCAUCACACUUGCCCCAACUGCAGGGCCUAUUUGGGUCGCUAUCGUCGAUAAAUUGCACAGCAUCACACUUCUGCCAUGUGCAACAUCACGCACACUGUGAGACAAAUAUACAAAUAGGGGAAAGGUGGAUAAAAGUUACAUUUAAGCGAUUGUUUUGCCUUUUUAUUUAAUUUGUAAUAUUUUCUCUUGGAGUCAAUAACCGAAAGGGAAUUCAAGCGCUUACCUCUAAUCUUAUGCUAAUCCUUGCUUAAUUGCUCAAGCUACAUGCACGUUAUUGACAACUCAGUUAUUAUGUAUUGGUUUACCAUUAAUUUUCAUUCAAAUUGUCUGAAAUAUGUACUUAUAAACGUUCGUAUUCAAAAGUAUGAAAAGUUUAGCUAAUAUUUUGGCUAUGUAAAUGAAUGUACAAUAUUCCGUACCAAAAAAUUAAGAAUAAAUUGGCAGCUACAAAACCAAUAAUUUAACUUAAUAUGUAAAUAAUUACCCAAUUGUCCAACUUAUCACCGAAAAUAUUAUAAAUUCCGAAAAAUUGUCCAUACUUUAAAACGAGUUCAGUUUGUAUCCCGAAUUUGAUGAUAUUUAUAAAAAAAAAAAUAUAUAUACAUAUAUUUAUUGACCAAGGACAGGAAAAUAUGCACACAAUAUAUUAAUUUAAAGAAAAGACAACAAUAAAAACAUAUUUUUAUGCACCUGCGAAUGUCUUCAGCUAAAAACGCAUACCGUAUAUCUCAUAAGAUAUACUUAUAUUUGUAUAUGUAUUGAAGGAACAGUUACAUCAAUGUAUGUCGUCUAAUCUUUUGUAAUAAUAAAUAAAAUAAUCGAAAAAAUCAAACAC